AUGGAAACAGAGGAGAUGAAGCUGCAGGUGAUCAACCAUUUCAGCCACCGCCACCCGUUGGAGCUGGUGGAAGUUGAAGAAGAAGAUGAUCAAGUAAAUAUAUGCUCAGGUUGUGAGGUACAUAUUCUGGGUUCAGCUUAUAAUUGCACCAAGCCAAGCUGUGACUUCAUCCUCCACGAUUCCUGCAUUGAUCUUCCCAGGAAAGUGAAGCACAAUUCACAUCCCAAGCACCCUUUGAUUCUUCAUUUCUUCCCACCUUAUGGCGAUGGAGAGUUCACUUGUAACGCCUGUGGAAAUCCUGGUCAUGGUUUUACCUACCAUUGUAUGAGUUGCAAGUAUGAUCUUCAUGUCGAGUGUGCUUCGCUGCCUGAAGUCGAGUAUCGCGAAGAUCACGAGCAUCCUUUCGUGUUGUCUUACUCAUUUCGAUUGCAAAAUAAGGCAGAGGGAAAGGGGAAGGGGAAGCGGAAGGCCGUGGCAAAGGAGGCCGAGUUAAAGGAUUUCGAAUGCUAUGUCUGUCAUGGACCUGUGGAAAAGGGUUGCUGGGCAUAUUGUUGUUCAAGUUGUUACUAUUGUGUACAUUUGGAGUGUGUGAAUUAAUGUUUCAAUCUACGUCCAUUUGAACUGUUGGGGUUUGAGGUUUAAUUGUUUGUGAUUUUCUAUGACUCAAAAUAUCUGAAAGAUUGGCUGAAUUUCAGAGUAAUUUCCACGGUUUUAUUCAACUUUAUCAAGGAUUUCUGCUAUUGUAAUAUUGUAUACCUUUGCACCAUGUGGCUUGU